UUCGGGUGCAAGUGGCGCGGCAUGUUGUAUGUUUAACAGGCAACAACAAUAUCAUUGUAUGACUGCGUAAAAUCCAAAAGCUCUCGGUUUUUAAUGGCGCCGGUACGGCAGAGAAUUGCGAAGGGCUUGAAUGCCACAGAGAUAGGAAAGAAAAUCAAAAGGGGUAAUGCACUGCGACAGGGAACUGCAUGGUGGAGUUCCAGAGGCCUAACAGCUUUUUUGCUGGUUGCUCUGUGUUUUUGUGGGGCAGCAACUUGGCUGUAUGUCACUUCUUGGGAUCCUGACAUUACAGAAACAUUGGUCAGCCAGCGUGAGCAUGUCUCCCCAAAGCCCAGAGUCUACAUCGUCCAGUGCUCAGAGGACUACGAGAACUACAAACGGUACCCAGGAUGCACCCCUCAGAAGUGUGGGCGUGCUGUCGCAGACGGUGUGGUGACAGUGGAGGAAGCUCAGGUCCUCAAGAGGCUGGCUGAGAGGGGGCUACAACUAGCUGGAUCCGAGGGAGGAGCCUCCAUCUUGGACCUGCACUCAGGAGCAUUGUCGAUGGGGAAACAAUUUGUUAACAUUUACAGGUAUUUUGGGGAUCAGAUCCAGGAAGUGUUCACACAAGAGGAUUUCCAGCUAUACAGAGAUGUACGCAAGCGAAUCCAAAGAGUUAUUUCAGAGACGUUUGGUUUGGACCAAAGUCUGAUGUACCUCACCAAGCCCACCUUCUUCUCCAGGAUCAACUCUUCAACAGCCAAGACCCAACACGACGAGUACUGGCACCCACACAUAGAUAAGGUGACGUAUGGUUCAUUUGACUACACGUCCCUUCUGUACCUGUCUGACUACGGCUCUGACUUCACUGGAGGAAGGUUUGUUUUUAUGGACCAAAAUGGAAACAAGACGGUUGAACCACGGGCAGAGUGUCUUUCUUUUCCUCCGGCUCUGAGAACCUCCACCGUGUGGAGACGGUGUCAUGGGGGACCCGAUACGCCAUCACCGUGUCCUUCACAUGCGACCCGACACAAGCCAUCUCCGACCCAGCUCUGCCUUGAAGCACCCAUUAGUGGGGAAGGGGUUGGAGGGAGGUCGUCCGGCUCACUCAAGCCCUGCAAAAUGGAGGAAGCAGAGAGUGAAGAGAGGAGAGGGAAAAAAAGGUUAAUUGAAGUUAGUUUUGAAGUUCAUAAUUUAGCUGCAGUUUUGUGGUUGGCUGCCUCACACUGAUUGUGCCAAAACAUGUUGACCUGAAAAGAAGACAGUAUUUUUUUCCCUUCAACAGUCUGAAAAUGAUGUGCCAUAUCAUAAUCAGGUUCCAGAGGUUUAUCCUUGAAAACCAACAGUCACUGCUGUGCCUGUCCACAGACCUUUGUCAGACACACCGGGGAAGAAAGCCAAGCACAGAGACGGCGCUUCCGACUAAUUUUUCGUAUAUAUUUGUAAUUUCUUCAAGCUUUUUGUUGUAAUUGUAACACUGGUCCGUAUCUUUGUUCCAUGUAGAGUUAAAAGUAUAUUCUAUAAGCUGAUACAAAUAGCAGACGUAUCCAACCCAGGGGUCAGCAUUUCGUCACAAAAGCUGCCGAAUCGUCCUUAGUUUACGCAUAUGUUUUUAGUGCACAGUCUUUGGACCGAAUGGCCUGAGUUUUAAAAAAUAUAUAUAUUCCAGACCAGAGUACCAAGCCACAAGUGUGAAAACAGCCUUCGCAAAUAACAGAGGAGUAGUUAUGAUCCUAAUUUUAAAAUAAUGGUGACCAUGAAGCAGAGUCAUCAAACAACUGCCAGGCAGUUCAGAAAUAUGAUUAAUACAAUAUGAUGGAUGAAACAUGAUUUUUUUUUUUUUUGUCUUAAAAAUAUUUUUCCACAAACUGGUCUUGAUAUAUUCAGCGUCGUCUGAUAUUCAGGUCCGUAAAAGACGUUCAUCUUCUUUACGGAGAUCUUUGUAUAUUUACACCAAUCCUUGUACAGUAUUUUUAUCUAUUUCAGUUCAGGUGUUGGGAGCAUCUAGACCAGGGGGCACCAACGGUUUUCCUUGUGAGAGCUACUUUUAAAAAAUGAAAAUGGCCAAGAGCUACUCAUUUUUGUAACGUUUAUUUUCAGAGCUUAUUUUAAACCCAAACAAAGCGAAUAUGCUUGUUUUACCAGAACAUUAACAAAAUCCUGGUGUCCACAACUCACAUUUUGUAUUUCAGAAUGCAUUUCUUUCUACUGUUCUUUCAUUAUUAACUGAAAACCUGAAUGAAAAGCUGGCUUGCGGGCACCUCAUGUGGUCGUGGGGGGCUACCUGGUGCCCGCGGGCACCACGUUGGUGACCCCUGAUCUAGACACUCUUCCACAAUCAGACCUUGAUGAUUCAAGUGGCUUCAUCAAGCUACCGAUCAACUAAAUCAACAGUUGGGUUGGAUGUUUUUGAUUGUUUGGUUUUUGGUUUUAAUAUUUUAAGAAGAGAAUAAGUGUUUAGACAUCUGGAGAAUCUAGUAUAAUGACCUCUAACUUCUAUCAUUACAAUUUUAUAUAUAUAUAUAUUACAUUAUACACUAUAAUAAAAUAACAAUAUUAAAAGUUACAAGGGUGUGCAAAUUACUAGGGAUGUCCGAUAUCGGUGGGCCGAUAUUUGUCAUAACAAUGUAAUAUCGGUUUCGGGAUUUUUCAUGAAGCUGAUAAUAAGCAUAAUGCUGUAUGUAGGCCUAUGGGCUGGCGCACGUAUGAUGACCUCGUCAAACCGCCACUCAAGUGUGUAAACAAACGUGGGUGGCUAGUAAGUAGCAAUCAAGCUCGCUCUUCCAUCCAUCUACUUUCUAUUUUCUAUGCCGCCUAUCCUCACUAGUAGGAAUGUCACAAUUUCCGGAAGUAAGCGACGGUAAAAUCUGACACUGCGCGCGCUCGAUUAGGAGAGUCUGUGGAGACGUCCGUAAAGAUGCUGCUUUUUCAUAAGAUAUCGGUGUAUUUUAAUUUGCAUACAGGUUUGUUGUUCCUCUUCAAAUUUGUAUCUUUUUUAUACUCUGUGUUGGACCACCUUCUAGUCAAACGAGUGCUUUGAAAGUUAAGUCCAACUUUAAGCCUUUCAAACUCAUGGAUCGGAGCUUCAGGACAAGAUAAAAGGUAUGUAGGUUAUAAAUUCAGUUUAAUAUCUAUCUGCAGAUAAAAUUUCAUUAAAAUCUGAUGGUGCGAAAUUUGUUAAUUUGGCCUAGGUGACCUAGUUGUUAGCAUGUUUGCCACACACUCAGAAGAUCGGGAAGAUCUGGGUUCGAAUUUCCGUUGGGAAUCUCUGUGUGGAGUUUGCAUGUUCUCCCCGUGCGUGGGUUUUCUCCGGGUACUCCGGUUUCCUCCCACAUUCCAAAAACAUGUAGGUUAGAUUAAUUGGAGGCUCUAAAUUGUCCAUAGGUAUGAAUGUGAGUGUGAAUGGUUGUUAGCCUAUAUGGGCCCUGCGAUUGACUGGUGAUCAGUCCAGGGUGUACCCCGUCUCCCGUCAGCUGGGAUAGGCUCCAGCAUACCCGCGACCCUAGUGAGGAUAAGUGGCAUAGAAGAUGGAUGGAUGGAACUUAUUGCCACAAUGAUCUCACCUUGACCCCAAUGAAAAGUUGCUGCUGAGCUAACAAUGCUAGGCCGACAUGAAAAUGAUGACACUUGAGCUUCUUCCCUGGACUUUUUGAUGAUCAGAAACAUGUAAACUGUUGACUUUUACAACAAAUGUCACAGCAAGUAUUUCUCGGAUGUUGAACAAUGUUGUUUACUGCCACGUUGAGAAGCUAACUGCUGAUACUGUAGCCAUUAGCUUUACAACAGGUAUGUGUUAAUUUCACAACAGGAGAUAUGUGAUGUUACACAUAUCGGCAUCGGCUGAUUAUCGGUAUCGGAAAUUGAGAGUUGGACAAUAUCGGCAUAACGGUUAUCGGCAAAAAAGCCAAUAUCGGACAUCCCCACAAAGUACAAUACAGUGUGACAGCUGAUAUUGCUAUGAAUCAAUGGACAAACCCGACAGGUCCUUGUCCCCACCCUAAUAGACUCUUGAUGAAAAUUUUAAGAAAAAUUGCAAGAAUUUACAUUUUGCAUUGUUGGAGCUGAAGGUGGUUCUAAGUAGAGCAGAAGAAAUGGGAGUGAAACAAAAAAAUUCAGUAAGCAAUUUUUUGCAAACAAGAAUUAAAGUGAAAUAGACUGUUCAUCAGCUGAUCAAAAGGUUAAGACCUUAGCCUUUAAAAGUCUAAAUAUUGGCAUAUAUGUGGAUUCAAUGUCAUUUUCUGUCAGGUAUUCACACUGUUGUGGUCUCUCUCUGCAAAGGCAAAAAAGUUUUCUCUCUUUGAACACGGUGGGAUUGUCGAGCUGCAUUAGCAAGGCUUGCAGCGCGCCAUUGCUGCUGAGGUCGGACACAGUAAGACAGACAUUUGAAACGUAUUCAAAGAUCCUGAGGGUUAUGGAACAAGUGGUAGAUCCAAAAAAUGUCACCCGAGGAUCCGCUGUCUGUGAAGACACGGGAUGAUCCUCUGUAUAAAUGAAGGUCUCCUUCACAACGCCACAAAAUUGCCCAUUUGGAAUUUUUACAAGAGCACCAAGCGUGAUGACAAAAAAAUGUAACUGACAGUCCUGACGGCUUCCAACGUUAAUGCAAUGACAAGGAGAAACUACCUGGGAUGUUUUCCACACGGCACAGUGGAGGUGGCGCCAUCAAUGAUCUGGGCUGCUUUUUCCUUCAAUAGAACAAUGGAGCGUCAGGUUGUGCAGGUGCGUCAAAUGGCAGCUGGCUAUGUGGAGAUGUUGCAGGGGUCGUCCUUCAUGACUGACUGGCUUUUUCAACAGGACAAGGUUGCAGUUCACAAUGCCUACCUGACUUCGGAGUACUUCUUCCAGAAGAAUAAUGUCACUGUUUGUACCACCCUGCGUGAUCUCCUGAUCUAAAUCCAAUUGAGAACAUUUGCAGACGGAUGGCAAAGGAAGUUUACCAAAAUGGUCAUCAGUUCGAGGCAGUGGAUGCCCUCCGUGAAGCCAUCUUCACCACCUGGAGUAACAUUCCCACUAGCCUCAUGGAAACACUGGCAUCAAGAAUGCCCACAUCAAUUUUUGAGGUGAAUAACAAGAAUGGUGCAGCUACUGAAAAUUGUACACUAGGUCCCCAACUUACGAACACCCGACUAGCGAACACUCGCUGAUACAAACACAAGCUGACUGGUUUAUAUUUUAUUUUAUUUUGCCUUGUAGUGCUUAGGAAUCAGUAUGUAUACUGCUACUGUACAUGCUUGACCAGUAGAGGGCACUGUGACACUGCUAAUGGGACCAAGAGGCAGCUUAGAGCUAAUGAGGCAAACAGACGCUGGGCAGAGAAAGCUUCCCGUAAAGCUAGGAAAGCUAGGUUUUAGCUGGAUGAUACAACCCGGACAGAGCGUGUGAUUAAAGUUUAUGAAGAGUUAAUAGGCCUGCUUAAUUCUACACCACCCACAGAACACUACCUCUUUUAGAAGAGUCUAACGACGACCAUUUGUCCUUUUUUUUCAAUAUCUCUUCCUCCUCCUCCUCCACAACGACGUAUGCUCGACCACUCCUCUUCAAAGGUAAAUAACAUUUAUCAUUACGUAUUAUUAUAUCACUUUUAUUAUUGUUUUUUUCAUUAAUUAUCCUCGUUUAAUAUUACUACUGCAUCCAAACUCAUAUUUACAAACAUACACAUAUACUGCAUAUGUAUACACGUACAUGUAGUACCUACAUCAUUGGUAAUAUUAAUUUUGUUUCGACUUAAGAACGAUUAGAACCAAUUGUGUUCGUUAGUUGGGGACUUGUAUUUCAAUUUGAGGGGCAUUCUUUUUUCUUUUUUUUUAGCUAUGGUCUUAAAAUUUUGAUCAGCUGAUGAGCAACCUAUUUCACUUACCGGUAAACGGUUGUUUGCAAUACAUUGCGUACUCAAAAAUGUUUUUGCAACAGUGCAAAAUGUAAAUUCCUGCAAUUUUUCAGCCGGUCUUUACAAUUUUGAUCAGGACAAGUGAAAUGGGUGUUGUUUUUUCUGCCUUAUUAAAAUUAUAUCAUUCUAUGUAUUCAUUAGGGUACCUACUUGAAUUCAGAUGCACCUCGCCGGGGGGGGAGGGCGUUCUUGAAAAAUGUAUGGCUAUUAAUUUUUUUUUCAGCAAUGAGUUGCUGCAAUAAACAGUUAGAAUAUUAUUAUGUUACAACAGGCGCCACUGAUGUUUUUACGUUUUUCAUGGUUUUCCAGUGAUUACCGACAGCUUGCAUACAAACCGCAGUUUCAAGUUUUGAUAUGGUAUACGCAAUUCAAAUCAAAACCUGUACUCAUUUAAAACUGUACUGAAAAGAUAUUCAAUGUACUUGAAUAAAUAUGCUAUUUCUGACAGCGUGGC